UUAUUUUCAUUAUUUCUCCGUACACCAGCAGAUAAUGCUUUGCCCGCUAUUAAGCUGUAAAUGCGUACGGUGAAUCCUAACAACCGUGUGUCUAAAAAUACAACCAGAAGUCCUGAAAUCUAAACGUGGCUAACAUAUAUUUUUGAAGUUAUGUAAGAGAAAGUGUGCAGCGUCCUAAAGUUCUUUAAGUGUUCUUAUUUAGGAUGACAAGAAAAACCUAGUAUUUCCCAAAUGCAUCAUAUUUAUCCACUUAGUAAGGGAGAUCCGCUUUGCCCAUUAGGAUUUCAUCCUCAGGUGCGAUGGCCAACAAGAUGCAAGCGAUGUUUCAGAGAUUACAAAGAACACGGUGGCAAAAAGAAGUCUGGAGAAAUUUUCCAAAAAGAUGAUUCCACAGCGUCAACUCCUAAUUUAAAUGUAUGGAAUUCAUCUAAAAUAGAAACAAAUAAAAGAAGUUGGGCUUCGAGCUCAAAUUUAUCCAACGAAGGGGAUAAAGCUAGUGAUAGGUCAAAAAAUAAUAAUGCUCAGGAAUCAGUUUCAUGGAUUUCCACUCCGGAUUUGGUACAGUUACAGGAAGACGCUCAGGCUAAUAUUCCCACUGUUAGUUUAACUCUUCAUAAACGAAAGCAGCAGCCUAUAAAAGCAUAUCGUACAGUGUCUGACAGUGUUCUCAAGGCAGACAAAGCAGUAUUUGAUAGGAACGAUGACUUAGCAACAAGAGCAAAGAGACUGCAAGCAAUUAAGGAAUCAAAUCGAGAAGCAGAAAAGCGAAAGAGGAUACAAAUUAAAGAAGUGAAAACGACGGGGGAUAGUGACUCUUCAAAUGAUGUACAAUUUCUUAUUCAAGUUAAAACAACAUCUAUUAAAGACGAUAUUGACGACGAUAUUGUAAGUAAUGCAGGUACAGAAACGACGGAUACAACAUUAGUGAAUGACAGUGCAGACAAUGAAUUGCAAGAACAAAUUGAAAGUCUUAAACAAGAACUGGAAAGCACGAAGACCAAAUGUGAAAGGUUAGAGAGGGAAAAAAGUGACCUUCUUCUAAGAAGACUGGCUGCUAUGGAAACAUCAACUAGUAAAACAACCGCAAGCGAGGUGCUCAAACUUCAACAGAAAUGUAAUGAACUUCAGAGCCAGCUGGAGGAUAUGAAAGACGAUAGAAGGAGUUUAAAUUUCAGAGUAAAAGAGUUGGAAGAGGAGCUAAAGCUAAGACCAACGGCCCAAGCUGCUCAGAAAGCAAUGGAUGAAUUACGAUCUAAACUCUUGGCGGCGGAAACAUUGUGUGAAGAAUUAAUGGACGAAAAUGAGGAUAUGAAGAAAGAACUACGAGAUCUUGAAGAAGAAAUGGAAGAAAUGCAAGAUAAUUUUAGGGAAGAUCAAGCAGACGAGUAUUCGUCUUUAAGGAAGGAACUGGAACAAACGACAAAAAAUUGUAGAAUCCUGUCAUUUAAGCUUAGGAAAUCAGAGAGACGGGUUGAACAAUUAGAAAUGCAGAAAACUGAAGUGGAAAAGAAAUUUAACGAGGUCUCCGGUGGAUCAGAGAAUAUAAACAAAAUACGGCUUAUAGAACAACAAUUACAAGAAUAUAAGGACACCAAUAGUCGACUCCAAAAAGAACUUGAGGAAGCCAAUUCCAAAUUAAAUAAAGUUGAAGAGGGUUCGAAUAAAAAAAAGCCUGUGAAAUUAGGGAGCAUUCCAAAAAUGGCUUCAACCGAAGGGAAAGUUUCACGAGAUUCAUUGACAAGAGGCGGGUCUCAGGAAGAUCCAGCAGUGCUCCUUAGGGAUCUACAAGAUUCAAUGGAAAGAGAGGCUGACCUUCGUGAGCAAUUAAAAUUCGCUGAAGAAGAAGCGCAGAAUUUACGAAAAAAAGUUUCGCGCAUAGAAGAUGAUAAUGAGUCCUUAGUGUUACAAUUGAAAAAGAUGGCAACAAAGACCAAAAACCGUAAAUUAAGUCCUACUUCGAGACAUAAUUCCGAUUUCUCAAAUAAUAAAGAUGGGGCUCCAGAUAACGACGAUCCAACUGAAUUAAAAUUGCUUCUCGAGCUCAACGAACAAGAAACGAAAGUACUGCGAAAAAAAGUCGAAGAAUUAGAGGCUGAAGGAGAAGCGUCAAAGAAAAAAAUUAAAGACUUACUUGAAAAAUUAAAUCAACAUAAAAAAAUCGAGUCAUUACAGAAAAAAGAAGCUGUUAUUGAUCUGAAGAAAGGACGUUCUAAAGACAUUCAAAAGAAACAAGUUUGUGAAGUCGAUCAACGUUCUCAUAGUUUGCAAAAACAACUCGAGACAAUUGAACAGGAAGCAACUGUAUUACGUUCCAAGAUACAGGAUUUAGAGGGUGAAAAUGAAAAAUUGUCAGCAGAGAACAAACGAUUGCAACUGUUUUAUAGCAGUAAAACGUCGAAAACUGACAAGGUACUUGACCCAUACAUCGACAGAAUUGCUGAACUCGAAGAGGAGCUUAAUAAAGUGCACGAAAAAAUUACUAAAAAUUCUGAAACUGAUAAGCUUCAACUCAAAUUGGAUCAACUGGAAAGCGAAAAUAAAAGAUUAGCAGAAAAGUUGGAGCAUUUAAAAGACGAAAGUAUAACGCAUUUUUUGAAUAGGAUACCAAAGAAUCCUGGGAGUAUAACCAGUAAAAUACAGUUAAAGAAUAUGGUCAACGAGUUAGAAAAUGAAAUAGGUGAUCUCGUGCUGGCCCUGAAAAGAACAACUGAUGAAAAGAAUUCAUUAGAAGAAGAAAUUAAAAGAUUCAAGGGUGAUAAAAAUUUAAUAGAUUACGAGAAACCUUUGGAUAAACUGAAGUUCCAAUCAAAAGCAGACAAACAAUUUAAUAACAGCAGCCAAACGUCAAAAACACUCGCGGAAGAGACCAAAAUACUAAAAGAAGAGAAAGACCGUAUUCAGAAGGAGAUUCAAAAAAUGUCUGAAGAAAAGAAUAAUUUGCAAAAGGAAAUUGAUAAUUUAUCAAGUUAUAUUUCAGGAAACCAAAAUUCAUAUCAGGGUACCAACAACGAUAUGGUAAAGGAAAUCGAUGAACUGAAGCGUAAAUUGAAAAGUAAGGAAGAUGAAAUUCUGAAGUUAACUUCGGAAUUAGGAGACCUGAAACGCAGUAUUAAAGAACAAACGGCAAGUGCUAAACAGACAAGUGAAGUGGAGCAAAAAAUUCUUAAAUUAGAGAAAGAAGCAAAGAGAAAAGAAAAAACUUUAACCGAACUUCUGAGGAACAUUGAAACGAAGCUUGUCGAAGAACAAAAUAAACUGAAUGACAAAGAUAGAGAAUUAAAUGAAUUUGUCAAAAAGUCAGUAAAUGAGAAGGAAUCAUUUUCCACUAAAAUGAGCGAGCUUGAUAGAGAAAUAUCCCACCUCAAUUCACAACUUGAUGGCAAAUCUAAUAAGAUUAAGGAACUGGAGAGUAAUUUGUCUAAAGAAAAAGAAAAGCAUUCCCGGGAGAUUUCUUUAUUAAAAACAGCCAAUGCUAGUGAAAUCGAAUGUGUAAAAAGUGAACUUAGUAAAAGUACAUCUUCUGUAGGAGAGUUGCAAGCCAAACUAGAUGGUCUAACUCGAGAAAAGGCUCAGCUCGAUAAAAAAACGAAAACACUAGAAGAAAACUUUUCCAAAGAAAGAUCGAAGCUGGAAGCAAAAAUUGGAGAACUUGAAAUCGAUUUGCAGAAUGAGAGAAAGAAAAUGGAAUUAAUGAAGGCGAACCAGGAAAAGGAGUAUAAAAACAGGACAGCGGAAUUGAAUACUUUGAAGAGCAAAAUUAAAACAUUAGAGCUCAAUUCAAACGUCGGAAAUAAAAAGAUUUCUGAAGUUAAAAUUGAAUAUCAAGAAAAAAUUGACAAAAUGGAUGCAAUGGUUGCUGCAGCUAAAGCAGACUACAGCAAACUUACCGCCAAGUAUGAAAUAUUAGAAGAAGAGCACGUUGCAACAAAAGCUAAACUUAUUAUGGAAAAGGAGUCUUUAAGCAAUCAAAUUUCCUCAUUGAAGGAUGAGCUAAAGAGUACAAACAAAGAAUUGCAAACAUUACGAGAAACUUAUAACAGAGAUAAAGACGCGUGGAUUAGGGAAAAGUUAUCGCUACAGGAGAGGCUGAAAGGUAAAGAGGAAAGAAUAAGGAAUUCCAUGGGAAACAAUAUUGGAUUAACAAGCAUGAAAGCAUCUUUGGAUGAAAAACUGUCCGAAUUAGACCAGAUAAAAAAGGAAUACGAUGUUAUUAGUGAUCAACUAGAAUAUAUGAGGAAAGAGAACGACGAACUUAAGAAAAAAUUAGACGAUUACGAUAAAGUAUCAAAAGUGCAACGCAGUAUUAGUGCAGAGAGUUCUGCUAUGGAAAAGGAAAUAAAACAAUUAAAAGCAAAGUUACUUACCGUGGAGAAGUCGAAACGUACUGAUCUAACGGAAUGUAAAAUACGAUAUGAAAGCCAAAUGAAACACAUUAACGAAGAAAUUAAGACAUUACAGAGUCAAGUAACAAGGUUUAAAAGAGAACGUGACACAUUCAAACAUCUUUUGGAAAGUGCACAGAAAACGAUCGGAGAUUUAAAAGCAAAUCCUAUAAACAGGAAAGAUAGCAGAGGAUCCAGUAGCAGUUUAGAUGAAUUGGAGGAAUCAAGAACGAAGAUUGCAGCUUUAGAACAACAAAUAAGUUGUAUGGAAGACGAAUUAUCUGAAGCCCGAUUGGAAGCUUCAAAGCACAAGACAGAACUCAUUUCGGAAAGAUCGUCGUGGGAAGUGAAGCUCUCCGAAUUACAUUCUCGAAUAAAUGAGCUUGAAGAAGAAAGACUUCUAAGUAGUGGAAGAACAAAAGUAGCUGGGUUAAAAACGAAAAUGGAAUUAGCAUGGCAAAAAGAGAGGGAAGAGCAACAACGUCUUCUUCAAGAAACUUCUACUCUCGCCAGAGAUUUACGUCAGACUCUUUUCGAAGUCGAAAGGGAGAGAGAUAAAGAAAGAUUGGAAGCGAAAAGGAAGCAGGACCAACUUAAAAAGACGAUAGAAGAGGACCAAGAAGCGACUAGAAGAAAAUUAGCGGAACUGCAGUACGACCUAUUGGAACUUAGAGAUGCACAUGCUAAAUUAAGGACUACGAAUGAAAAAUUAAGACGAGAAAAGGAACGUUACGAGAAAGAGCGCGAAGAAAUGAAGUCGGUAAUAUCUACUAAAAAGAAACAGCAUCAGAGCGAAGAGAGAAAGAUUACUGUUAUAUUAAAUGAAAUCGAAAGUCUAACCCGAUUUCUUAGCGACUUCCAAUCCACGCGAGAAACUAUUACCGAAACAGUAGAAUUCAAACACACUCCUACCCCUCCACGACGAACUAAGGGUCCAAGGUCACGCGAGGCAUCACCAAACAUCGAAAAUUCGAUUUCGUCUUCAAGUAAGGAGGACGUUUCGCCUCAGAUGUCUUCCGUAAUGCAACGUUUAUACGAAGCAACAGCGGAACUUAAGCGAUAUCAGCGUUACGCGGAAGACGAAAAAGAACGAGAUUACAUCAUAAAACGUACGAUGGGCAUGAGAAGGGCCACUUCUUCCGAACACGAUGACAUUCCAAGGUUGAAGAUGCGCCAGUUAAAGAAUGGUACUGGAAACGCUCUUCAUCGCAAAAGUCUUUCCUUAGAACACACUAUACCGCAAGACCAAAGUAUAUGGAGGACGGAUAACGGAAGUGUAUCCAGUAUGCAAUCGCUAGAAGAUGCGUCCGAUGUUGAUACCAAAUGGAAAAGGGAUUCUAGCAUGGACAGUAGACUGUCAGGAGGGUCCAAUCAAAGUGAUUCAGGAGAAAAGAAGAAAAAGAAAGGUUUCAUGAAGAAACUGAAAACACUAACGAAAUCGAGGAGUAUUGACGAUCAGGACCCGGGCCAUUUUCCUCCCCCUGGGACACUAUCCAAGCCCUCAAGUACAUCGGAAGUUCCUUCAUCUCAUGAGGAUAAAGGUAGCAAGAAAGAUUUGAGAGGAAGGUUAACAGGGAUAUUUAAAAGAGCUGGAUCAUCAUCCAGGAGUAAUAGUCUAGAGAGACAAGGCAAACAGGAUACUAGUUCAACACAACGUCCAUUAAUGCCCAGUGGUAGUAACAGUAGCAUUUCUUAAAAUCCUCUCCAGUUUUAAUAUGAUCGUAAUACCAAUAUAAUUGUUAACAGUAUGACGAAUUAUUAUUGUUAUGUAUUAAUGUGGUUUUGUAGCAAUUAUUGAUUUUUGAAUAUUUUUGUAAACUAUUCAAAUUCAGACUGCAGGCUACAAAAUUAGAUAAAAUAAGUAGGAAAAUAUAAGUAUCAUAUCUAUAUAUAAUUAGUGUCACGUACUUAAAAACAAUUUCAAACACUCUGAGAUAGUUUUAUAUUCUAUAUUUUUUUUAUUUACUGUAUAUACUUAUUUUGUUAAAUAUCCUUUUAUGUAUGCACAUAAUUGCCUGUACGUAUGGAAAGGUCAGUUAUUUUCAUUUCAAACAUUUUGUUAUACAUAAAAAAAACUUAUGUUAUCAACUGAUAUGACGUUGUCUCAACCCCUAUCGCAAGACUAAAUAUGGCAAAUCGAACCCGAUAUCAAAUGUGUUUUGUCCAUAUUGUUUGGCACUUUAACUUUGGACAGACGUGUGGCGUUUAUGUGGUUAGUAAACACAUUUUUAUUGUAACUUCGUUUUCGUCUGUACCGUAUCUUCUUACCAAGGUGGAUUCGAACCCUCGACCCUUGUGUCGCAAACUUUGCUCGCUACUCGUCGUGCCAAUGAUACAUUGCAACAGAAAGCGGUGUUUCAGUAGGUACCAAUAUUUCUCCAAUAUGACAUCUGUAGUUGUUUUUUUAUUUUAUAUUAUUACAUUCGAAGCCAAUUUAUAUAUAUAUAUAAGUAAAAAUCAUUAUCAAAUAUAAAAGGUGAUAGAUAGAUACGAUUUCAUCAUCAUUAGACCAAACAAAAUAUUGUAUUUGUUACUCAUUUGUUUAGCGUUAAUUUAAAACUGAAUAUCCUCUGUGUUCAUAUAUUGUGUACGUAAUUUUUUCUAAUUAAUUAAUAUAUUCCUUUCAGCAAAAAUAUCCAGCUGAUUUAUUUCGAAUAAUUGUUGGAAUUUAUGUGCAUACAUAUGUACCUUGUUUACUUUGAUAACAACUAACAAAAGUUAAAAACGUCCCUAGGCCAACUGUUAAUUAAUUAUUUAUAUUGUUUUUUGGUGUUUCUACUGUGUUCAGUACGAUGAUGUGCGUUGGUAUGUAUAAAAGAACAUUUUCAUUUUCAACAUUCAUGUUUGGGAUGAGAAAAAUAUUAGGUAUCUAAUAGUAUUGAUGUACAGAAAAUAGCUGAAAUAAAUAAAAUUACAAACGUU